AUGGCUCUCAUGGAGAGCAUGUUCCCCUCAAUCGCCAAAAUGGGAAUUAUUGGAGACUCAUUCGAGGGAAGGCCUAUCCACUCUUUCCGCAUUGGGGAUCGCAGCGACGAGAACGCCAACAAUGGGACUCGUAAGACGAUUCUCGUCACCGGUGGGCUCCACGGCCGUGAAUGGAUUUCAACAAGCACGGUGACCUACCUCUUGUGGUCAAUCAUCACGGCGUACGGAAAGGAGUCGAUGGUCACGAAGCUCCUCAAGCACUUUGACAUCGUCUUCAUUCCCGUGCUCAACCCAGACGGUUAUGAUUACACGUGGAAGACGGAUCGGCUGUGGCGCAAAUCAAGACAGCAAACCAAGGUGUCCUGGUGCCGUGGCUUUGAUCUCGACCAGGCUUUCGGCUUUGUGUGGGAUCAGACCAAAUCUCAAGUCGACCCAUGCUCAGAGAGCUAUGGCGGCGACGAGCCGUUCCAGGCAGUUGAGGCUACCCGCCUGGCCGACUGGGGAAGGAAUCAGACCGAGAACGGUGUCAAGUUUAUCGGCUACUUGGACUUGCACUCGUACUCGCAGCAGAUCCUCUUCCCCUACACCUUCACUUGCGAUGAGGACCCGCCGAACCGCGAGAAUCUUGAGGAGCUGGGAGUUGGACUGGCCAAGGCCAUCCGCCUCUCCAGUGGGAAUUUCUACACUGUCAGUUCCGCAUGCGAGGGCACUGUUGCCGGCAAAGACACCGGUAGCGAGGCUACUGGUGGCUCAGCCAUUGAUUGGUUCUAUCAUGAACUUCACUCCCGUUAUAGUUACCAGGUCAAGCUCCGUGAUACCGGCAGCUAUGGGUUUUUGCUUCCUAGAUCACAUAUCAUCCCUACGGGAGAGGAGAUGUUGAACGCUCUGAAGUAUUUUGGAGACUUUUUGCUUGGAAACAACGGGAUCGAGAGCAUCUCGAAGGCCAAUGACCGCACCUCGCAUGAUAAGGGCAGGGUAGAUCUUAAGUGA